AUGAACUUCCUUUACUUCACUGUGGGAGUUCUCGCGAUCCUUGGCGAAACUGUCAAGACUGUAGAAUGUUUUAGCACCACCACAACCAUCAGCGCCACUCAGCGCCACAAGUGCAAUGGUUCCACGAUUGGUGACUGCAUUCCGGUAAAUGAAGAGUUUCUGAUGGAAUCAGAAAUAAGCAGAAGGAUUUUGGUUGAAGGGAACGGUUACCAACCUCUCAAUCCGAUCAAACACUUCUGCGAUGAAAAAAUAUACGGUAGUUGUCUUGGAGAACCGAACACGAUGUUCAAAACAAACCGCCCUUGUACCUUCCAAAAUUUAUGCGCUGGGCAUGGGAAUUGA